AUGGAUGAUGGUAUGGCUUCCUCUGCCAGAGUCCCCGUUUGGCUCGAUUGUGAUCCCGGACAUGACCUCUUGCUACCCCAUCAGGACGCCUAUGCUCUCCUCCUUGCGGCUUAUCACCAGUCCCUCAAUCUCAUCGGAGUUAGCACGGUGCACGGCAACGCACCGCUGUCGAAGUGUACGCUCAACGCCCUGAGUGUACUGGAAGCGAUCGGGAAACCUGAAAUCCCCGUCUUCCCCGGCUUGUCACGUCCAUUCUGUCGUACCGCCCAUACCGCUUCUGAUAUCCAUGGCUCGAGCGGGCUGGGAGGGACAGACCUCCUUCCACAACCAACCCGCUUCCCCUUGACGCAUUGCAGUGCCGUCCUAGAGAUGCGCAGUGCACUUCUCUCUCAGCCUAAAGGCACGCCGUAUGUAGUUGCGUCCGGGCCAUUGACGAACGUUGCUAUGCUCUUCACCCUCUUCCCAGAGGUGUCAGAACACAUUGCAGGCCUCUCCAUAAUGGGGGGUGCGAUUGGCGCCGACUUUACCCAUGUCUCGGUGGGCCAACCCUACCUAGAUGCCACCGGCACCACUCAUGCGAGGACUGGAAACCGCACGCCCUUUGCGGAGUUCAACAUCUGGGCCGAUCCGGAGUCUGCGCGUGCGGUCUUUCAAAACCCGCUGCUGAAAUCGAAGACUACUCUCAUUCCCCUGGACGUGACUCACCAAGCCUACGCGACACCCGAAAUCCAGAGGAUGCUAUUGAACGGAAUAAACGGGCCCACGAGGCUCAGGACAACGUUUAACGAGCUGCUCAUGUUCUUUGCGCAUACCUAUGCCAAAGUAUUUGGACUCACUGAAGGGCCGCCACUGCAUGAUCCGCUUGCAGUAGCUGUUUUGCUGGAACAUGAUCCAAACCCCGGCGUCAGAAUCAACUUCGACGACAAUGGUGGCGAAAGAUGGGACGUCGAUGUCAUUUUGGAAGGGGAGCAGACUGGAAGGACAGUGGUAACAAAGUCGGUGAAUGGCGAGGGCGUAAGAAUUCCUAGGACACUCGAUUUGCCCAAGUUUUGGCACACGUUGGAGGAAUGUAUGGCUAGGGCUGAUGAGGUUACAGGGUACAUGAAAUGA